AAAAAACAGAGACGACUCUUUGUCAAUUGUCAUCAGACCAAAACUCAAAGUUUCAAACCAUAAAGCCUAGCCACCAUGGAGAAUUCUUACAAAGAAAUGGAACCAACAGCCGCGUCUGGAAACGGCCGAGACGCAGUUGUGGUGAAAGGUUACAGUUUCGACGAUUCAGCCGCUGAUCAGUCAAACGAUUACCAGAUGAAGAUAAAGAAAAGCAAAAGCGCUUCAAACGCGGCGUCAAGAAGCUGGAGUUUCAGCGAUCCAGAGACGCGUAGGAAGAGAAGAGUCGCUGGCUAUAAGGUUUACUCAGUUGAACAGAAGAUGAAAGGAUCCAUCAGAAAAAGCUUCAAAUGGUUCAAAGAUGUUAUCGGUAUUUCUUGAAAGUAUGUUCUCUCCCAUGCUUUCUUUCUCAAUAUUAUAUAUUAUGUAAAACUCAAAAUCAAUGAAUCUCUUCUUGCUGAGUGUUAAAUAUCUCUUGUAAUUGAUCAUAUUAUGAUAUAGUCUUUGAAUGAGACAGAUGAUAAAUGAAUAUGACCAUACAUCUAAAAACG